GCUCAGUGUGGGCUCAGGCUGAUGAAGUGCGACUGAAGUUGUUCAAUUCACACCAGAGGCGGAGCUAAAACCGAGACAGCGCUGUCACUCUGGACACACUGCUCCAAACAAAGAUGUUUAAGACGACGUACGACGGAUAAAGCUUCAUAAAGCUUCAUAAGCAGCCCCUGCUACAAUGUGGAGAGAGACUCAAGAAGGCAUUUACUGAUGACUCAUGGCGAAAAUGUCCCGAACAUGGUCCAUCUUGACUGCCUCAACGUUGCUGGCCGUGCUGUAUGGCAAAGGUGAGAAAUCCUGUGCCAUCUGGUCAAGUGCUGGACAUGUGGUGCAGAGAGGCUCCAGUUUUAAAGUCUACUGCACCUUUGACUGCAAGUGCACGGGAUCCAUGUUCAGUGACCAUCCACCCACACGUCAGAGAUACGAAAAACUGAAUUCAACAACUAUAUAUGCUAAUGUGAUGAAUAUAACAAAGAACAGAACAUACAGCUGUAAGUGCAGCUGUUCUCCUUCACUGGACCCCUGUGGACUGGACAUCUCAGCUGGAUACCCACCAGAUCGGCCAAAAAACAUUUCCUGCAUCUACAAGCUCACAAAUGAUGAAAGUGGAGUUGUGUCCUGCACUUGGAAAAGAGGACGGGAAACUUAUCUUAAAGACAGUUCAGUGCUGUGGGUGAGAACUGUGUCUGGAGACCACACAGACGCACCGCACAGGGUCUCCAGUAAGGGAACUGUUGUGCCCAGAUCUGUUCAGCUCAUCUCUGUGUGGGUCCAAGCCCAAAAUCUACUGGGCUCUGAAGUGUCCGCCACCAUUAAUUACACACUUAGCGACAUUGUGAUGCCAUCAGCUCCUGUUCUUGGCCUAAAUGAGUGCUCUUCCCGAGAGUGCACCAUCAGAAUGACUCAGUCUGUACGGACCCACUAUCUGGAGAUUCAAUACAAAGCAGGAGAACAGAUAUGGACAACGUACCGAGACCAAGCUGGGCAGAUGAGUUCAGUUCAGGACUGGUCGAGUAUCUCCUCUCUGGAGCCCUACAGGUUGUACCAUUUCAGAGCCAGAUCCAAAUUCAGCACCGGCUUGUGGAGUGAGUGGAGCAAAAGCAUUUCUGGCUGGACUCAGGAGGAGGCUCCUGCAGAAGAGGUGGACGUGUGGUACGCUGAACCUGCAUCUGAUUUAAAAUCACUGAGAAUUUACUGGAAGGAGGCAAACAUGUCUGUCUCUAGAGGAAAGAUCUUGGGGUACAAACUCAGAGUUUACAACCCAAACUCUGGAUUGGACCAUGUAGCUAAUGUCAGCGCGGACACCAGGAGUUAUUCCAUCUCAUUCUGUGCCAACUGUGAAGUGACAGUGUGGGCUCGUAACUCGAAAGGCCUGUCCCCUCCUGCCAGAAUUACAGCUCGUCACACAGCAGCACAGUCACCUCAGGAUGUGCAGUUCAUGCCAGGCAACCACAGUGUCACCAUCUCCUGGAGAAAUCCUGAAACUGCACUGCUGCCUGCAGCAUACGUGGUAGAGUGGUACCCACUGGGCUACAAGCUGGAGGAGCUCAGAUGGGUCAGGCUGGGCAGGAAUGACAACCGGGCUGUCAUUACAGGUUUAAAGACAUUUGAGUGCUAUGAGGUAGUACUGUAUGUUUUCUAUGGUGAGAGCUCAGUGAAUAGGACCACAUUUGCAGGUGUCACCACUCUGGAGUCAGCACCAGCAGCUGGUCCACUGGUCCAAGAGAAGGUUAAGGGAAACAAAGUGACAGUGACCUGGACAGAGCCUCCUAGGGGUCAACGUGGGGGUUGUAUCACCAAAUAUACCAUCUAUUUAGACAGCAGCAGCGAACACCAGCAGCAUUAUUCUGUAGCAGCAUCAGAGAGGAUGUAUGUCACUGAUGACCUCUCUCCAGGUUUCUACAGCCUGUGGAUGACUGCUUCGACUGCUAAAGGAGAGGGCCCUGCGGGUCAAAAGGUCAAGUUCUUCAUUCAGCAGGAGACCCAACUAUCCCUCUUACUAAUAUGUGGUGUCAUCUCCCUGAUCAUACUGUUUCUGUUGUGUCUGUGCCAGAGUUCAGCUGUAAAGCAGAGGUUCUGGGUGUUUUUCCAGUGCCUCAUGCUUGAUAUUGUGCCAGAUCCUGCAAACAGCAAAUGGGCAAAAGAGUGCACCCAGGAGAAGGGCAAGAUAAACAUCCAGCUGCAGCUCAGUAACUCCGCUGUUAAUGAGGAGGAAGGAGAGCCCAUCCUUGUGGAUGUCGAGGAGCUGCCCAGGCUAAGUGACACCACACCUACAAAUGUCUCCUCGCAGAGCCCUCUUCAUACUAACCUGACCUCUGAGCCGGCACUGGGCACACUGCUCUACCCUCUGACUACAUACAUUAAGAGCUUCUCCCAUGACUCGGACAGCUCCGACCACACACAGACAUCUCUGGACACGAAUACAACUGUCGAAUACAUCUCAUCACACGGGCUGGAAAUCAUGGCUGAGGAGGAUCAGGAGGAUGAAGAGUUUGGAGAAAUGCUAGGUUCCCCCCACAGUCACAAUAUUCUCAUGGAGCCACUGGACUUUGGAGGGAAGUUGACACUGGAUGCAGUCAAAAUUGAUUGUAGUGACUUUUUUCAGAGCAAUUAGUUUUAACCUGGUGAGAUGAGGUUUAGGAGAUGAACACCACUAAAAUAGAGACUCAACAUAAUGACUGGUGAUGGUGGUGACAGUGACAGUGGGGGGUUUUUGGAUCAACUGGGCUGUGCAUUGAACUACCUCUUUGCUUACAGAAAUAACACCUUAACAGCUUGUUUGCAGUAGUCUGAGCUGCUUCCAUAAUAACAAUCUUAGCCUCAGCAUGUACUUUUCUUUUCAUUGGAUGCAUUACCUUUUUCUCUUCAGAAUGGCUCUAGACACACUAAGACCACUGCCAAAAUUAUUUACACUUCUGCUUUCCUGCAGUAUUUGAAUAAGGCCUUAUGACCUUUCACCAUUUUGCCAAUCUACUGCAACAGAAGCCAGCGGUGUUGAGAUGACUUAAGUUUUG